UAGCCACUUUAUUAUUAUUAAUAUUUUAAUGACCACGGCUUCAGAAUGUGUAGGUACACCACCGAGCCACACGAUGGCGGUAUAUGGCAGCCCUGCACUUCUCUUCUGCAGGAAAGCGCCAAAACGCUCUUUAAUUCACCCUGGCAACGGCUGACAGACGCUAUGGCAACCACUACAGAGAGAAUCCCUUCCUGAUUACUAGCUGAGCCCGUUUUUUUUCCAUUACAUGUAAUAUGAUUGUGAAAAUAACAGCGUGAUGAGCGUUUGUCAAAAAUGACAGAAGUAGUUAUUCUGUAAAAUUAGCCCAACUUACACGCGACAUGCGUUAGCAGCAGAAAAGAAAGAGAGUUGUGUCCUGCAGAGACUGAAAUUAAUGAGCAGCCUAAAAAGUCUCUGGGUGAUUUAGCGUCGCAUUUAGUCAAUAUUCCGCGUUUUUAAUUAAAUAACAAGCGCUUAACUUCGCCUGCGGGGAUGAUUUAACAACCUGCGAAACCUUUAGGCGUUUUCAGGAAUGUUUGCCAGGGGACAUUAACGCUUACUGACCGACUGACCCCUUUAUAGAAACGUUCCGCGGUCGGUUGAUAAUUCUAAAGAAACCCGCACAUGUCUGACUGGAAAAGCGCUUUCUUGAGGAACCGCGUGAUCCCGCCUCACAGCCAAACAGCCAGACAAGCUCCAGGAUCUUCUCAAGGUCUUCAGCUGCUCUUCAAACAGAUAGAUGGACUUCACCUAAAACAGUCAGAGUCAUCGCCAUCACUCCAGUAUCAGCUGCGUGUGACCCUGUUUGACUCGGGUCACCAGCACUUCUUGCGCACAUGGAAGAGCGGCUCACACUCUGUCAGUGGCGUACAGGGUCAGAGCGGUCGAGUGCUCUUCAAUGAGGUUGCAUACUUCCACACUUCCUUGUGUUUGAGUUCUGUGGUGGCAGUGGUGGAGUUGGUUACUCUGUCUACCAGGGCAGACAGUUCCCAGGAUGCACUGGGGUCGGGGUUUGGACUGCUUCAGCUCUUCACAGGUCGCGCAGACACCGGCAUCUCUCAGGGGGAGGGCAGGUUGACUCUCUUCAGUGGGACCCCUAGAGCCCUCUUUCACCCGAUGCUGAAAGACCCUUUACAGUUGAAUGCUGUAUUAUCAGUGAUGGAGGGCUGUCAGCUGCUUUACUCCAUACAGCCACACCCAGCUCUCACUCCCAUCAUGCACCUGCUCCCGCCCAACAUUUUGGUGUCUGGACAUGACAGCGUCCCCGGUGUGCUGUCAUCUGCGGACACAGGCACAGCAGAUGUGCUGCGGAAGCCUCGUCUGUUGAAGAGCUUCUCGUGUGUGUUGGAGGGACUACGUGUGGCACUCUUCCCCUCCGUGGAGGUCUUCGAAUCUGACCUGCUCCAGCUGCUCAACAGAGACUGCCAGAAUACAAACAGGGGUGCGGGGGGACGCUCGGUUGUGGUGCAGGAGCGCAGGCUGCUGGUUGGGGUCCACAACGGCUGGGGCUGGGUGGAGAAGCCUCAUGUGUUUGUGCUGGAACGUGAGGCUGCAGGAAGCGGAGCGGCCAGGGCUCGAGCAGCCAGCGCAGGAAGCAGCUUCAGGCAGACCUCCACGGACAGACUCAGUGAUGGACUGUCUCUUCGUGGCAGUGUGGAGCUCAAGAUGAUGAGGGACGUAGCUUUCAGCAUUGUCUUCCAGCUCCAGUAUGUUUUCUCUUGUCCACUGGCUGGAGAUGGGCAGAUGACAACCACAGCUGUGCCCAGAGCAGCGUUUAUGCAGUGUGUGCGUUGGUGUGCUUGGAGUCUGUUUUCGGAUCCUGAGGGUCCCGGAGAGAAUGUGUGCCUCCACUUGCAGGGCGGUGCUCUCCCCAACCCUUGGGGUGUCAUGGUCUACUCUGCAAGCACACAGCAGACAUAUUCGGGGAAAUCUGUCAUCAAAUUCAAGUUUUCAUCUAGUGUGGAAGGAGCUUCUUGCAGCACGGCAUUGAAAGUGAGCCACCGGGAAACAUCGCCACCUAAGAAGUUACUUUCAGCAUCUCAAGACGAACGGAUCUUGGAGCCUAUGGUUUCAACUGCAGAGUCUCCACGCGGCCCAGCGCUGCCUCUCUCUCAGCUGGUUGCGACUUCACGCUACCCGACCAUGAGCCACACGGUAGGGUCUCCAUGGCAACAACAGCUCCCCUCUCUGCUUUCUCCCUCCCCGAUGGCAUCGGCCCACCAGCUGUCACAUGUCGAGCGUCCAGUUGCCGGCAGCAUAGCUCAUCUGGAGCUGAGUGUGCAGGAGAGAGAGGGAAAUAGAAGUGAGGAAGAGGAUGAGAUGCAGGAGCUGACCUUCACUCCAGUGCACGCCCCUGUCAUCACCCUCGGAACGCACGCUUCUGGCUCCUCCAGAUCGACCUCCCGGAGAUCUUUGGCCAGGCUCUUCUCCUCUGGUUUUCCUCAGAUCCUGGACAGUCAAAACCAGGUUGCUGAGGUUCUGGAUCCCUCUGAGCCUGUGAACUUUAACCCCCAGAGAGAAGAAGCAGAUCCUCUGCAGGCCAACACUCUCAUCCUUCAGUUCCUUGCUUUUACCAGGGUCCCUCAAGCUGGAGUGAAUUCAGACUGGCCCAGCACUGUCCAUUUCAGCUUCCAGCUUUACCGCUUCCCCCCUGUCACCACCGAGCGUCUGAAGCUGCUUGACCCAGAGAGGAACGGCAAGCUGAAAUCCAGCUCUGAUUACCCCUGUGUCCUCUCUCUUAUCAACAAGGACGGCACACUCAACUCUGGUUGUCCAGGUCUGCAGCUGCAGUACCGAGUUGACCCACAGUUCCUCAAGUCUGGUGAACGAGGCUGGUUCUUGCGAUACCUGGCGCUCCACUCCCUGCAGAUUGAUGUCUGGGACAGUGAAUCUUUAAUGCUGAUUGGCUCAGCUGCUGUGGAGCUAAAGCAUAUGCUGCGUCAAGGCCGCGCCGCCGUCCAGGUGAACCAUGAGCUGGAAGUGAUCACUACUGAGUACCUGCAGGAUGCCAACUUUGCCAGCAGGCAUGACAACAAGCACAGCGCCACUCCAGCCAUCAAUGUCUACACUACCGUAAAAGGAAUUCUGCAUUUGCGGCUUGGCAACGUUGGUGGCAGUGUGACAAAUUCCAAGAGCUCUUUGGCUCUUCCUCCAUCGCUCUCCCAUGUGGUCCAGCCCAGCGAUGCCCCUCAGGGUUUUGCAGGAGGAGGUGUCCCUGCUUUAGCUGUCCUCCAGCUUAACGCAAGCAAUGCCAGACGAGCCCGCAGAUUGCCAGAAAUUGACAGCGAGCUGGCCAGACUGCUACAAAGCACCAUGAGGGAAGUAGGCGGAGCCGCACUGCAUCAGCAGGCCGAAGCAAAGGAAGUGCGCCAGAGGAAGAUUGACAGAAUGGCAGCUGUCCGUCAGCACGAGGAGCAGAAAGACCCGCCCCCUUUUCAGGACGGCUCAAACAUCACGAGGCAUCGGGCAGAGCGUGUACAGCACUCUCGCGACCUUCGUGUGAUUGAGGCCUAUCGUGAGCGCUGUAAAGCGCAGGAGAUCACCAACAUGCUCUCUCAGGCCAUCACUACCAAACACACUCUCUACGCCACGCUUGGAACGGCAGAGUUCUUUGAGUUCAUGCUCAAGAAUCCCUUCAACGUUCCUCAGACUGUCACCAUUGAAUGUGAUGACCCAGAGCUCCGUGUGCUCGUGAAAACUGAGGAAUGGAGAUAUUUCAAGGAGUUGACAAAGACUCUGACUCCUCUAGAGGAGGAGAUGUUUCACCUAAAUGAGAGUACACAGACUCCACAGGUCUACCUGCGGCCCAAAGAAAGCGUUCAUGUGCCCUUCAAGUAUCAGACCUUCAUCUGUGGUCACACCUUCCCUAUUCAGGAUACAAAAAGCUUAAAGACUUCAAGAAGUCCACAGAUGGCUCAGAAACAUCUGUCCAAUACAAUUCAUGCCAAAUCCAUCAAGGUGCUGUUCCGAGGAGAAGACAGAAAGCCUCUGGCGAUCUGCCAGGUGGAUGUUGAACCCACGCCACAUGUGGUGGACCAGACCUUCCGAUUCUACCAGCCUGAACUCACCUUCCUAAAGAAGGCCAUUCGCCUGCCUGCAGCCUGGGACGACACAGCAGAUGGUUGUGCCACCCUUCAUGUGCGCUGCAGCGACCCCAAUGUCAUCUGCCACACCACCAACCUGAGUCCAGGAGAACCACAGGAUAUUUUCCUGAAAGUACCUGGCAGCCCAAGUCCACAGAUUAGGAAAUUCUUCAUAACCAUUUCCACUGACCCUUGGCUGGCCUCCCCUGCGCAGAUCUGGCAGGUAUACGUGCAUUACCUGCAAAGGAUGGACUUGAGCUGUGUGUGUGGCACUCUGAGCUGGCAUUCGCUGGUUCUUCACGGCACACAAGCCAUUCGCAGGGUCAAGUGCUACACGUCGCAUCCCCUCGAGCUUCAGGUGGACCCAGGUGAGGUUUUUGCUCUUCCUGCUCAGGGAGUUCAGGAUGUCUGCGUGGGCCUGAGGGCUCUGCGCCCUGGAAGCCGUUUCUUUUACCUCAAUGUAGUGGACGUGGACACUCGGCAGCUAGUUGCCUCCUGGCUGCUGUGCAUCACAUGCCGACAGCCUAUCAUCUCCAAGGCAUUUGAAAUCAGCGUUCCUGUAGAUGGAGGGAAGGGCAGCAAUAAGAAAAUCAGUUUCACAAACCCCUACUCGUCCUCCAGAGUAUUCAAUCUGCGCACAGAUCGCCCAGACCUGCUUCAGUUUAAAGAGGAGCAAUUUCAGAUUGGGGGAGGGGAGCUCUACACCAUCGGCUUGCGCUUUGCGCCGAGUCAGAACCCUGGCAUGGAAGAGAUUCUCAUCUUUAUCAAUGACAAACAGGAUAAGAACGAGGACACUUACUGUGUUAGGGUUCAGUACAGAUAACACUACACUAUCACCCUCCAUUACAACUGCAGCUUCUGCCCACAAAAAACAGACUCGAUGUGGUUUUACUCCCAUCAUGUAUUUUUGCUUAUACGGUGUGAUAAGUUGAUCCAAAUAAGAUAUGUACUGAAAUACAGAGCAAACAUACUCUAUAUAUAAAUGCAGAGAGCAAGUAAGGUUAACUCCAUCUAGCUCAUCGGGUACACGGAGUGAAGCGUCUUUCACGUGUGCUGGAGUAAAGCUACCCUGCGGUGCUGCAGGCUGAAACCGAGAAGAGCUUCUGAUGCUCAUAUCGGCGCUCUUGAUGUGUGUGUUUAUCAUUACGCUGAAUCCCCGCUGUGAUGUGUCAUUAGCAGCGGAGAGUGGAUGGCCACUUGCCCAGGACUUCAGCUCUAGAUCUUCAAACAGUGAGAUGUGUUUGUAUGACCAGUCGUUUUAAUUUAUCAAGUGUUCAGAGUGUUACGUUUGCGCUCACUGACAAUAGAGUGCUUAAUUUGGGGGAAGAAAAUAGACAUCCUUCACUCUUUUUGCUGUAUUUUUUGUACUAGCAUCAAUAAAAAAAAGUCUCU